GGACCAGUUUCCGAUCGGAUGCUGGCGCGCGCGAAACCAUCUCUCCAUCGUUCGGCCGGUUUUGUGUUUUUCUUUCAUUUUCUUCUAAAUCCCCUGUGCGGUGUGGUGUGUGUAUAGAUUACUUUCUCUUUUCCACUCGAUUGUGAGGUGCGAUCGAAAAUGCAAAAAAACACCUACGCGAAAAUUGCGUCCGCACACAGUGUGUGUGUGUGUGUAGUUGUGAUUUGAAAUUCUAACUUUAAUUCCUCCACAUUUUUUUCGCUAGCGUUUGGGAGGAAAAACUCGUAUGGAAAUUUGACACGGAAAAUCGGCUUUUGUUUGUGUAUGUGCUUUACGUGCGGUGAUCUAAAUCCAGCGUAUUAUUUGAGAGGAGGCCAAAAUGUGACACGCAAUACCGAAACAUCUUGGAAUGAAUAAUAAAAGAAAUGCUUAGGACACACAUUAUAGACAUUGCGACAAAUUGGUGAAAGCCUUCGACAGUUGUCUUGACCCUACUGAAAGGAAAGAAGAAAAACGUAUUUUUCCCCGUGAGAACUUAUUGUGUGUUGUGGCGCAUUAGUCGCGUGUCAAAUAGAUUUUUCACUAAAUUUUCCUUCGAAACACAUACACACACUGCAUUAGGGACGAAAGGGACAGAAAAGAUAGUCCCUUCAUAGUUGCUUCAUCCGUUCCAUCGGAACGGAUAUUACGUCAACUUCGCCUUUUACUGGCUAUAAGAAGUCUUCUCGAUCAAGAAUUUCCCUAACCCCGCGUAUUUAGGGGAGGAAGUGUGUGUGUGGGUACGAGUGGGGUCGGUUGUGGUGGCACACGACCUCAUCCAGCCGGCCGUCAACAUGUGUUCGGCACACCGAAAAUAACAUGGUAUGCGCCAAGGACGACCAAACGCUCUGCACCAUCAGAGACGUCCGGCCAGACGCAGUACAGAAACGCUUUUCCGUAACCGUCCGUCCGCACUAUACCGUCGCCACGCUGUACGAGGAUGUAAGGCUACAAACGGCCUACAGUGACUUCGAGCUCAAUCUAAUCGGUACCGAAACAGACGAUCAGGUUCCCUUACACGAACGGCAACAGGAGAAACUUUCGGAUGUCGGUAUAAAGUUUGGUACCGUGAACAACCUUCUCAUUGUUCCGCGUAUUACUAAUCCACCAUAUUUGUUGCCAGUAGAGGAUAUGUACUCCGAUGAUGAUCUAGCGCUUGGUGCAUCAGCUAGUCCGGUAGAUUCCGGAAACUACAACAUCCCCGAUCCGCCGGAAAUUCAACCGCCCAUGUUGCGGCGCUUUAACAACGACCUCGAAAUCCAUUCUGCCAAGAGCAACAGUUUACCAGCGAUCUGUGCACCACCGGUUAACAGCAUGAGCGGGGGCAGCAUCAUCAGCAACGGUUUCCAUCACGGUGAUGGUGGUGGUGGUGGUGGUGGUGAAGGCGGUGGAGGAGGAACCGGCGUAGCGGGACGGGGAAGAAGAAUUGGUGGCGAUGGAGAGAGUGAGCGGACGCCACAUUUCCGCGGUCUCGUAAAUCAGGCAAUGACCUGCUAUCUGAACAGUUUGCUACAGGGGCUGUACAUGACGCCCGAGUUUCGUAACGCACUGUACAACUGGGAGUUUGACGGUGAGGAUGAAGCAAAGUCAAUUCCCUACCAGCUGCAAAAGCUGUUCGUUAAUUUGCAAACGUCCCCAAAGUCGGCCGUUGAGACGACCGAUCUGACGCGUAGCUUCGGUUGGGAUUCGGCCGAAGGUUGGCAGCAGCACGACAUUCAGGAACUUUGCCGCGUAAUGUUCGAUGCGCUCGAGCACAAGUUCAAGCGUACCGAGCAGGCGGACCUGAUCAAUCGGCUGUAUCAGGGACACAUGAUCGAUUAUGUCAAAUGUUUGGAGUGUAAUACGGAGAAGCAGCGGGAGGAUAAAUUUCUGGACAUACCGUUACCGGUCCGUCCGUUCGGAAGUACCGUUGCGAACGAGUGUGUCGAGGAUGCGUUGCAAGGUUUUGUGAAGCCAGAAAUUUUGAACGAAAGUAAUCAGUACUUUUGCGAUACGUGCAACAAGAAAUGCGACGCGCACAAAGGGUUGAAAUUUACCAAGUUCCCGUACAUCUUGACAUUGCAUCUGAAGCGGUUCGAUUUCGAUUACCAAUCGUUUCAUCGAAUCAAACUGAACGAUAAAGUAACGUUUCCUGAGCUGUUGAAUUUGAACCACUUCGUUAGCUCUACGUCCGAUUACAAGCUGACGACCAGCACGAUUGCAGCUGCAGCCGCUGCUGCCGCAGCUGAAUCAUCAUCCACCAAUGGUGCCGUUAAUGGUAACGGUCCAAUGAUGAUGGAGACGGCAGAAAACUUUAUGAAAUCGGACGAAUGCAGCACUACGGACAGUGGUUCGGCGCUUGAGGAAGAUUCGUUCCAGAACGGUGGUACAUCCGUCUCAUCAACGACUACCACACCGAAUGAUCAGUUUAUGGCACAGGAUGACGAUGAAGGUAUCGAUAUGGAUUUGACAACCAAUGGCGACAGUCACAGCAAAUCGUCCCCGAUGAACAGCAGCUUCAAUGCACCCGGCCCAUACAAAUAUGAACUGUUUGCCAUCAUGAUACACGCUGGCAGCGCUUCCGGUGGCCAUUAUUAUGCGUACAUCAAGGACUUCAAGAGCGGUCGUUGGUUGUCGUUUAAUGAUCAAACUGUUUCACCGAUAACACAAGAGGACAUUCACAAAUCGUACGGAGGUGGUUCGUUCAAAACGUCGUACACCGGUGCAUACACGUCCAGCACUAAUGCCUACAUGUUAAUGUAUCGCCAAAUCGAUAGUGAGAAGAAUGCGCUACCGAUUUCGGAGGAACAAUUUCCCGAGCAUAUUAAGCGCUUGGUGAUGAAAAUUCGAGCCAAUGAAGGUAAUCAUAGUCGCGAUCAUCUAGACAUGACCCGAAUUACGGUAGCAUAUGCAUAUCCACGGACACGUGCCAUGAAAGGGCAGCGGAUGGCGGUGUUUACCAGCUCUACACUAGCGGAGACAGUACAGGAAGCCAUUCGAGUGCUUCAUCUGAAGGGUACGGUGCCGGUGGAACGUUGCCGCUUGGUAGGCUACGAUACCAAUGCGCACACUAUCGAGCGUAGCUUCGAAGGGCACGAGGAUAAAUCGAUUGAUGAGGUUAUGAGAAUGCUAAAACGCUGCGAUGCACUACUGUUGGAGGUCCGGGAGGAGGGCGAAACGUUUGAGGAAUAUUUAGUGCACGGUGUCAUGACUAAGGUGUACAAAGUGGACGUCAAUGCCCGUGACGUGGAGGGUCCACUGUCGAUACGAGUCAAUCUAUCACAAACGGUAGCACAAUACAGGGCUGUGAUCGCGCGGAAGCUAAAGCUUAAUCCGAAAACGAUACUUAUCGGCAUGACGGUACACAAGGACAGUGCGAAGCUGCUGCAGAACGACGACGCAACGCUGGAGGACGAACAUUUCAUCGAAUAUUGCAAGGUGUUUGUGACGACGGCACCACAGCCUACGGUAGAUGACCCAGAACAAUACUGUGCCCGGUUCCGGCAGUUUAUGCAGCGCUUGGAUCAUCUGGUGUCGCUGUACAUUUUGUUGCCGAACAUGGAGCCAGAUACGCUUGAAAGCCUCUCCAUUCCGCGCCUAUCCAAAGAGACCCUGGCUACGAUCGCUGGAACCGACUACCCGAUGGCCGGCACGGGCACCGGAGACAGCAACAGCGAGGACAGCAGCCUGAGUGAUAAUGACCGUACGCUGGUCGAAGAUGACUUUGUCCACAUUAAGCUGAAUGGAGAUUUGCAUUUGACCAACGGCAGCAACGGAGUAAUGAGCAACGGUGUCAAGAGCAGUACCAACUCGACCACCAACGGUUUCAAGGAUGACGAUGAGGAGGAAGAUGAGGAUGCAAAGCUGGCGGAAAUGUUGCAGGAGUGCCGAGCGCAGGAGUACUACUUUAAGGUGAAACCGUUGUGUACGUCGAGCAGCAGCGACAAUGGUUUCAACACAAACGGCAACAGCUCUGCGGAUGAUAGCACGCGCAGCCACAGCACCGACAGCCAGAAGCUGUUACAGGUGCUGAUCGACAAACGGUCGUGUAACGCUUACUUGAAGUACCGGCUGCAGUCACACCUGCAAAUAUCCAUGGAUUACUUCAAAGUAUUUUCCUCGGAUGUUCUCUGUCCAACGAACGACAGUGCCAACUUGCUAAAAGAACUGGAUUACAAAGAUGAUGAUCGUCUUGCUAUCGAGUUGGGUCGUGUGUUGCGCAAAGGCGAGUACAAGCUGAACGUGAGUUACAUUAACGUAAACGAGAUGACGGAAGAGAUGGACAACACCGUGUUCCUUUGCAGCACGAUUGUCAAGAAUGGCGAUCUGGUAGGCCAGAUAAAGGCCGACAUACUCGCAAACCUGCCCACAACGCUUGGCGAAGCGGCUAAAAAGUAUGCCCACCUGCACUCAAACAACUGUCGAUUGCGCCGUAAAGGCAUCAAGUAUCUAUCGGCAGUGUACAAGGAUGACGAACGUAUCGGUAGAGACAUUAGCAUGCCAACGAACGUUGAUGUAUUUUUGCAAGAAGUUGAUGAUCUCGCCAGCCUCACACCGAUCGAUAUCAAUGAUGUGGUACUGUUGGUGAGAAGAUGGUAUCCAUCGGAAAUGAAACUAGGCAAAUUCCAGGAAAUUUUAUUUACCGACAAAUUAGAGCUGACGAAACAUUUGGCCCGUAUCAGCGGUAUCGCUGAGGAAAACGUUGAAUAUGUGAAGAUAGCACAGACGAGUCUGCACCGUGACAGUGUACUGAACAUACAGAACGGUUUGCAAUGGGUGUCAACGCCGCAGAAUGCAGAUGACUGUCAGAUUUACUGCAUCGGCACGCUACUCUACUACCGCGAUAGCACAGAACCACUGAAGGAACUAACACCGGAAGAGCGCAAAGAACUGACGAAGAAGGACGGCAGAACCAGCUCGACUUACUCACCCCGCAAGGAACGUGCGCUCAAAAUCUAUCUGGAUGCUUCACCCAAGAAGGCCGACGACUGAUCAUCAUCACCUUCGGACGAUGGGGAAGUUGUUGUUAGCAAGAGAAAGAAAAUCUGUCCUUCAAGCCGAGAACAGCUGCAUUAGCAAAAGGGUGGGAUGAAAACAGGUGGCAACGGAACAAGGCACACGAAGGGUGUAUGUUGUUUCUUACUCGCACGCAUUCAUCAUUAGCCGAUCUCGACAGCAGCGCAUCCGGAUUCAUGUCGUAUUACCGUCAGUUAUGUUUAUUUAUCUUUUAGUACACAGCUUCCGGCGGCGGAUGUGUGAUUUCGUCGCAAGCAAAUACAGCUUAGUUAUAGGGGAGAGCGUUUAAUUUUGAUUGUUUCGAUCAGUCCUCUCCCUGUCUCUAACACGAAACGGAGGCUGCCAGCAGGAAGAACAUUUAUUAUUACUUAUUAUGUCAAUGGAGGGAAAAUGCAAGGAUGGCCCUUACGUUAGAACCCGAGUGACGGUGGCGUUUUUCUAUAGUGUACUGUUUUUUUUUUUGGUAUAAAGUUAGCUUAACGGUAUGAUUUUGAUAUGUUUGUUAUAUGCCGCUUUGUAAGUAAAACAUCAAACAUUAACAUCUUUUUCACAAUUGAUCCUUUUUUGUUUGUUGUUGCAGCAAUUUAAUGGUAUUGAAGCGAAGCUUGUUUUUUUGUGUGUUUCGUUCGCUACUGCUUAACAUGUAUGUACAGUUGCGACCUGCAAAGCUGGAAAAGAACUUGUGACACUUGAACGCUUUAUGCUUUCGCUGCUCCGAAAGAAGAAGGGGCGGGCGCUGAACGGAAGAUAACAUACCUUAGAUAAAUGCUAAAGAAUAUGAUCGUAUUAUUAUGCUUGGGUGCCGGGAGGUACUAAGCUGAACGGUGUGUCGUACGAUAACGAAACGACCUCAGCUUUGCGCAAUGAAAGAAAACAGAUUAAAAAAGAAACAAAGAAGAAAAUAAAAAAGUAAGUAAAUAAAGUA